CGCUACUGUCUGGGGGUGUUACCAAAAUUAAAAUCUACCAAGGGUCUUUUUGCUGAAAUUCAUGUAGGUGGUAACGAUUGUUUUGUUCAUUGCAAAGCAAAAACCAAGCUAGGGUUUAAGUAAGGUUAACACCGGGUGGAGUUUGCUGAUGGCUUCUGCCACUGAUAGUUCCAAAUGGUUUCGGGUUACAAUCGCCAUUGCAGUUGCUUUAGUUUCCGCAACUACAGCUACUUCAGUUUAUGUAUAUAAGAAGAAAUCAAGACGCUGGAUUUUGAAAAUUAGGGAGCUUGAAGAUUCUCUUAAGCAUUCUAAUAAGAAAUGUGCUGCAGAAAGGAAAGGUAGAAUCAGGGCUCAACAGACUAUUCAAAAAGCACUGUCACAAGGGAAGGCUGAAAACCCAAAGGCGAAUUCAUACCCCAUGACACCUAUUGCUGUUGUGGAAUCCUGCUUCUCCACAAGAAACGGGACGCCAAGGCAACCUUUGCUUGUUCCUCUAUCCAGGGCAUGCUUGGUGUUUGAUACAAGCCAGGUUCCUACAGCAGCACUUGAUGGUCUUGCAGAAUAUUCACAUUGCUGGAUUCUUUAUGUUUUCCAUUUAAACACAAACGCAGAUAAAGUAUGGGGUGAACCAGCAAAUUUUACGUUUAAAGCAAAGGUGAGAGUGCCAAAACUAAUGGGUGGAAAAAUGGGCGUCUUUGCAACUAGAUCUCCUCAUCGACCAUGCCCUAUUGGACUUACAGUUGCAAAGGUGGAAGCAAGGCAAGGUCACAUACUUCUACUUUCUGGUGUUGAUCUGGUUGAUGGAACGCCUGUGCUUGAUAUAAAACCUUAUCUACCAUUUUGUGAAAGCAUCCCAGAAGCAUUAGUUCCACAGUGGGUAAAGGAAGACAAUAAGAUAGUCGUAGCAUCUGUUCACUUCUCGGAUGAAUUCUUGCCCUCACUCACCAGUUGCUGGGCUUCAGCCGAGAAAAAGUCACUGUAUGCAUCACCCGAGGAGUUCCAAAGGUUGGUCAAACAGGUUCUUUCAUUCGAUAUAAGGUCAGUAUCGCAACGAAGAAGACCUCAUAAGCAUAAAGAAGUUUCAAAAACAGUAAACAACAUAAAUGAGGUCACUUCAGACUUGGAAGAUGAAAUUGAUGAAGAAAUCUCUGGCAGUGAUGUUACUUAUCACUUGACCUUGGAAGGUUUAGAGAUCUCUUACAAAAUUGACACUGACGGUAAUGUGCUUGUUGAAAAGUCCGCGCUUUCCUCCUACAUCAAGAUUAAUAAUCAAAACCGUUCAGGUUACAUGCUACGGAAGGAUACACUAGGUUAGUCAAAACGGUAAUGUGCUUGUUGAAAUUAAGACGUUGUUGGUUUUCCUAUAUCGUCAGCGGAAAAUCUCUCAAUGUUUGUUUCUUAGUAAUAUUAUUAUCUCUGAUUUCUUAAUAGGAUAUUGUUUUGUUUUACAAUUAGAAAAUGAUUUGGUCUAAACAAACAGAAAGUGUUCCACACUGGUGGUUGAUUAGCUUGUCUUAUGUUUAUUUAAUUUGGUGUUAAUUAUACAUUUGCCAA